CUCUGCAGCCCGGGACUCUUGCUCACAGUGGGCAGCGGGCAGCCGCCAGCGCCAAGAAGCUUCUUCUCCCGCUUCUCCGCUUCCCGAUCCCUCUCCCGGAGGCCACUCGCUGGCUCCGCGGACUCGUGCUCCAGUCACCCUUGGCCACUUAGUCGUGUCCCGCCGGGCUACUUGGAAGGCGCUUCCCCGGAGCUCCGAGUUGCCCACCGUGCACAGUGCACGGUCAAACCCAGCAAGUGAGCUCGGACGGGAGCAUCCGCGCUAGCGCUCGGCAACUUUGAAGACAGGAGCGGCAGUCCCCGCAGCGGACCACAGCAGCUACCAUGACUCCCUGGCUUGGGCUUGUCGUGCUCCUGAGCUGCUGGAGCCUUGGGUACUGGGGCGCGGAAGCGUGCACAUGCUCGCCCAGCCAUCCCCAGGAUGCCUUCUGCAACUCCGACAUCGUGAUUCGGGCCAAAGUGGUGGGAAAGAAGCUGGUGAAGGAGGGGCCCUUUGGCACUCUGGUCUACACUAUUAAGCAAAUGAAGAUGUACCGAGGCUUCAGUAAGAUGCCUCACGUGCAGUACAUUCACACGGAAGCCUCUGAAAGUCUUUGUGGCCUUAAGCUAGAAGUCAACAAAUACCAGUACCUGCUGACAGGCCGAGUGUAUGAAGGCAAGAUGUACACAGGGCUGUGCAACUUUGUGGAGAGGUGGGACCACCUCACGCUGUCCCAGCGCAAGGGCCUCAAUUACCGCUACCACCUGGGCUGCAAUUGCAAGAUCAAGUCCUGCUACUACUUGCCUUGCUUUGUGACCUCCAAGAACGAGUGCCUCUGGACCGACAUGCUCUCCAAUUUUGGGUACCCUGGCUAUCAGUCCAAACACUACGCCUGCAUCCGGCAGAAGGGUGGAUACUGCAGCUGGUACCGAGGCUGGGCCCCCCCAGACAAGAGCAUCAGCAACGCCACAGACCCCUGAACCCAGACCUGCCCCACCUCUCCUCUAUCCCAUCCCGCUCAGCGUCCCGGACACUAACUCUUCCCAGAUGAUGACAAUGAAAUUAGUGCCUGUUUUCUCGCAAAUUUAGCACUGGGGACUUUUAAAGUCCCUGCUGUCUAUGGAGUUGAUUUGGAAAUACCUUCCUGGCCAUGCCCCUUCACCCUUCUUUUUGGUUUUGACAUCACCCAUUUCCAACUGGGGAAUCUCUGGUGCCAAGCCGGAAAGAAUGAGGCAUGUAUACACCUCUUCUUCGUGAUAUAUGAUCUAUAUUUUUUUAGGAAAACAGAAAUUGAAAAAUCUAUCCCAUCGGGGCAUUUUAAUAGCCAAUCUUCUUUCUUCUUCCUCUCUUGACCACACCCUAGACCCACUUCCAUAUACACUUCUUCAUCCCAGGACACAGGAAGCAUGGGCAAGGAAGUUGGCAGAAGUCCAACUGUUUCCCAAUCAGUCAAGGGCAGCAAGCAGACAGACGCCAGGUAUUUGAGAGGCCUUAUACACAGAGGAUAUACGACUGUGUGUCUGGAUCAGACAGUCUGUCUGUGUCUGCAUGUCAGAGUGAGGCAGUACCUUCUCCUACAGGGAAAGCACUGUAGGAGUGGGUCACAGUUUCCCAACCCUGUGAUACUUGGAUUGACCCAAUGUUUCAGAUCCUGGAACAAGCAUCCAAGACUAACAGAACUUUCGGAGUUGGCAAAGGCUUAAACAUCUGCCUGGGUUCAGCAGGCAAACCUGCCCAUCUGUACAAAACACUGAGAUAAAGGGCUGAGAGGAGGUCUUUCCUCUCCUGCCUCCCAUGAGACAGUCUCCUGGGAAUUUGUGGGGACGUUUGGCUGGAAGCGUGCCAGCAUGGAAGCUGGAGACACACACCUGACACUAUCCACAGAUAUAGUCAAGUAGAUAUGGGUAGAGGAUACUAUUUCCAAAGUAGCAUUUAGCUCAUCUAGGGGUCGUGUUUAUACAUACAUUUGCAUAUACCCGCAGGGGAUUAUGAGCUAAUUUUUUUAUAGGACACAGAAUUCUAUUCAAUGCUGUUAAAUAUGCAAAUAGUUUAAUCUCUUUUCUUUUGUUGUUUGAUGGGAAAUUGUGACAUUCCAAGUUGACUUUUUUUUUUUUAUCUGAAUUAAAAUUUGAAACUCUGACCACACUCAGCACCCUUUGUCCCUAUAACUGGGGUUAUCUGACCCUUCAUCUCCCUUCUUCAUUCUGUUUUGUGUCCCGGUGCCCUUCACUUAACUGCCCUACUGGCUGUCCGACGGCAGGGGAGUGUGAGUGUUAAGUUAGUGCCUUCACAUGAAAGGGGGCAGUUGGACAUCAUCCUACGUCAGUGACAUGACUCCUCUCCUGGAUCUGGGGAAAGCACACACUUCUUCCCCAGCUCAGUAAUGGGUAACUGUCACCUCCUGAGGUGUUCACCUCACAGAAUGAACAUAGUUGGUGACCGAGGGAGCCAGGCUCUGCCGUCCAACUGUAGGCUUUUUGUUGUGUCGUUUUUUUUGUUUUUUUUUAAAUAAAGUACAAUACAAAUUUUCCCAUUAAAUAAGAUUACUUUAAGUUUUUAGUGUCAACAUUGCAAUGCCAAUAGUAGGUGAGAGUGUAUUGCUCAGAGUUGGAGAUGGUAAGGCGGUGACAUUUAACAAGGUUACCCUCUGUCUCUUUUCAAGAUUAUGGGGUAUUUAUCCUCUAUUAGUAGCAUAUCUUUUUCAUUCCACUUUAAGAAACACAGUUACCAAUUGAGAGAGAGAGAGAGAGAGAGAGAGAGGGAACCAAACAAGUUCUAGUCUUCCCCCACCCCACACAAACCACUGCUUUGUCCAAGUGUUUGACAGAAUAGCAGGGCAAGAAGUUAGUUCAGAAGAUGGGUGUCAAGUUUCCUCCUGGCUGAUUUCAUUUCCCUGUAACUUUCCCCUGUGCUGACCGGGUUCCAUGGUGUGCAGCGAGAAGGAGCUGAGGCCAGCAAGACAAGUGGUUCUUAGAGCUGAACCUCUGGAUUACUGCUGGGAGUUGUCUGUUUCAACCUCAGAGUCUCCUAAUAUGGCACUCCUGCUCUGCCCUGCUCAAGUGCCCUCCCGUAUGUACACCCCAGCAUCUUCUUCAAGAGGUCUCUGGCCAUUCUCAGCCCCUGGUAAUCACCUCCCUCCUACAUGGACAGACUUGAGGUGAGGCCUGAGUUGAGGCCCCUGAAGAUAAAACCAAUUGACAGAGCCAAUGGCCCCAGUUGGCUAUUGAGGUCUUGGUGAGAAACCCUGGGCAAAGAAAGGUCUUUUGUAAAGUCCCAUCAUUGGAGAGCGGUUUUUAAGCUUUCGAUAAGCUACAGCUUUGUUUAUUUCACCUGUUCACUCACUGUAUAAUUUAAAGUCAUUUAUGUAGCUGAGACACUUUGGUAUUUCAAUCAUAUCGUGAAUGUUUUAUUUUGCUAAAUCAUGUGCCAUGUGUAGGCGGUCGUGUGUACACUGUGUCUAAGAGAAGAAGAAAAAAAAAAAAGAAAGGAAAAAAAAAAGAAACCCACAUGCCAUUGUUUUUUUUUCUGAUUCAAAUUCUACAGUAGAACCGAGGGCAGAAUACUGGGACCCAAGCACUCAGCUAGAAUGGAGAUUCAAAGAGACGGAAGGCACUAGAAACAGCCUCCUCCAGCCUCCUCCCCAUGGAAUCCUAAGGGUGGGAAGGAGAAGAAAAACAAAAACAAAAACAAAACAAAACAGAAACCAAAAGUACACUUAUGUCCUUGUCCUGUGCAGACUGUCCCUAGGUCAUCUGCCACCCACUCUCCGAGACCUUUCUCCCACUCAAGCGGGAAGCCACGUUUCUGCGGUCCAGGGCCACGGCCACUGUGACUCCCAGCUCUCGUGGUAUCAUCCAGGCAUCUUUUCUGCCUCCUGACCAAGGAUUGCUCUGCACACGCUCUGUUGCACAGGCUAGUCCUCUUCUACAGCCCGGGUGUGGAGCUUGAGGAGACCCCAGGUCUGCUUUCUCCAGGACUAGCCCUGCCACAUAGAUGCUGUAUCAUGCUGUGCUUCUUAAAACGAUAAAGGACACACAGUGACUUUUGGGGCUAGACCUGUCUGGGAGAUCAUGUGAGUUCAGGAGGUGUGACUCUUGCCUGCCUCACAUCAAGGUGCCAUUCAUAUAGUUGGCGCCCAGCUACUUAAAGUUAAAAAUAUCACUUUAGUAUUUGUAUCAGAGAAACUUAAAAAGUCUGAUGGUAGAAAUCGAGUGAAAUGGGAGAAGGCAGGAGAGAGAGGUCACAGUACAUCUAAGUUAGCUGUUUGGGUUGAGGAGUAGAGAGGACCCGGGAAAUGACUGUGCUCUGGGGACAGGGGUACCUUAGAUUCUCUGUCUACUUUUCCUCUAGCAAGUCUGCUGUGCUGAAGCCCAGUGGUGAUGAAGAGACGCCAGCCAGAGCAAACCCCAGCUAGAAGGAAUGUAUUUGUUGCUAAAUUUUGUAGCACUGUUUACAGUUUUCCUCCAUGUUAUUUAUGAAUUUUAUAUUCCGUGAAUGUAUAUUGUCUUGUAAUGUUGCAUAAUGUUCACUUUUUAUAGUGUGUCCAUUAUUCUAAACAGUAAAGUGGUUUUAUUUCUAUCACA